GUGGGAGAUGAUUAAGGACGUCUUAGCGCUGACCUCCUGUCAGUCUCUGUUCGGGCUGCUACAAAUCAAACUCGUUCCAGUGAAUGCCCACUGCCUGCAUGUAAAGCCCCUCUCUCCCCUGAACACUGGGUGACGCUGUUUUUACGCACUGCAAUCCAACCCAAACCCUGUAUGAGGUGGAAGUUUUUCCUCUUUCCACGUUCAGUAAUCUGACACCCAAAAAGACUCCGAGCAGAAGGAUGGACCCUUAACUCGGCUGGAAGGACGGAAGGAAGGAGCACUUACCCAACGAGCGCAAACGAGAGAGACCGAGCCGAAGCGAAAAUCGCUGUGCGCAAAAAACAACCCCGUGGCUGCGGCAGCGGAGCACAGAGCCCGGGUGCCUGCGCGUCUCCAAAAUAACUGGCCGCCCGUCCUCUAAAUGCUCCCAAAGCGACAAGUUUCACUUUCCACAGGCGGAUGGGUGACUUUCCACGGCGCUUUGUGAGGAGGAGAUGAUGAAGAAUUUCAGCGGCAGUCCCCUUCACAGCAACAACCAGACUCCCAACCACGUUAGAGAGCGAAACAACAGAAAGUACAGCAUACUCUCUGUUAUACCGCUGCGAUUCUCCCUGCGAGGUUAUGGUUUCUGCAUGGCUACGCUGUUCCUCUUCUGUUUCGGCUCCCUUUUUUACCAGCUGAACGGAGGACCCCCAAAAAUCCUGCUGGACAUCCGACAGUAUCUCGGUGAAUCCACAUAUCUGGAUGACCACGGACCCCCUGCGCCAAGAGUGCUCCCAUUCCCCAGCCAGGUGGUUUAUAACCGUGUGGGGAAGUGCGGCAGCCGAACAGUGGUCAUCUUGUUAAGAUUACUGGCUGAGAAACACCAGUUCAACCUUGUUUCCUCUGACAUCCACAACAAAACACGCCUCACAAAACAUGAACAGGUGGAUCUCAUGAAGAAUAUCAGUAAUAUCCCUCAGCCAUUCCUCUAUACGCGGCAUGUUCACUUCCUCAACUUUACCAGGUUCAGGAUAGAGCAGCCUGUCUAUAUCAACAUAAUCCGGGACCCCAUCAACCGGUUCCUCUCCAACUACUUCUUCCGUCGCUUCGGUGACUGGAGGGGCGAACAGAACCAUCUCAUCCGCACUCCAGGGAUGAAAGAUGAUGAGCGAUACCUGGAUAUCAAUGUGUGCAUUUUAGAGAAUUACCCAGAGUGCUCCAACCCCAGAGUUUUCUACAUCAUUCCCUACUUCUGUGGACAGCAUCCUCAAUGCAGGGAACCAGGAGUGUGGGCUCUGGAGAGAGCCAAACAGAAUGUGCUGGAGAACUACCUCCUUGUGGGUAUCCUGGAGGAGCUGGAGGAUGUUCUACUCCUGUUGGAGAGGCUCUUACCUCAUUACUUUACUGGAGUACUCAACAUCUACAAGAGCCCUGACUAUAAGAAGAUGGGAAACAUGACAGGCACAGUACGUAAACACACCCCCACUCUGGAGGCCCUGCAGGUACUGUACCAUCGCAUGCGCUACGAGUACGAGUUCUACAACUUCAUCCGAGACCAGUUCCACCUCAUGAAGAAAAAAAUUGGCCUCAAGUCCGUCUCCCAGCCCCCUGCCCACUCACCAGCUUUCCUACGGGAGCUGGCCCUCCGAACCCCUGAGCCGCUGGAUGAAGACGAAGACCUGGACACAGACCUGGAGGAUGCCAACAGCUGGCUGGUCCAUCCCUAAGGUCUAUUUGAUGACAUUGGUGAUAGCCAAGAAAAAGCCAAUUGGCUAAAAGUGGCUGGAGAUAGCUGGAGGCAGCCUGAGGGCAAAGAGGAGCGUUCCACGUCUUUCAGCAUUCCUAAGAAAAGAGAGGUGCAUUUAGGGGUGAGUGGAUCCUGACGCUCGUGUUUUUACGGGCUCUGCUUUGCAUCUGCAAUAGACUCCGACCAUGACAGGCUCAGCACUGAGGACUAUCGGGUUGAGUAAUUGGAAGGACAAAAUGCUCUAUUUAAAGAAUUGACCGCUAACAGUGGGAAAUAAUGUUGAGCUCAAUCUGCUUGUUUUAAUUUGUUUUUGGGUUCAUUUAUGUAAAAACAAAAAAAACUGAAUCUCCAGGAGAGAUCAAUGCAAGAUGCAGAUAGCUAAAUAUGUUGGGAAAUAUUUUAAAUGUAGGUUGCUGGGGAGUUUACUGUGUGAGAGGACUCCAGAGACAUAGCUCGAGAAAGAGAUCCAUAUUUUAAGAAAGGGUUACUGUCCUAAAAGCUGGAAUGAGAAAUGGUAUCCAUGAAUAAAAAAGUACCAAAACCCAUUUUCAUAUAUUAGUUGUUUAGGACUGUUGUAAGUGCCAAACCUCGCUAAGAGUCUCAGUAACUGACAAGAAACCUCUGUGCACAGCUGGCGGAGUUGAGACAUAAGCAAGUCAGUUGUUAUACUGCACUAUUGGUUUAUAACAUUUUAAUUUGUAAGAUAUUAUUAGGUAUAAAUGAGGGUUAGACAGUGAGCACUCAAUUAUGAAUUCAAAGAAUUCCAACUGUGUGUGCAUGAAUGAUUGAGUUUGACCAAACCAGCAGUGUAUUUUAGCAUAGAUUUAUUAUUUGGGACAGGCCAUUUGUUGCGAGUCAAACACUAAAAAAAAAAAAAACACUUAUGGCGCGUAGUUUGUUUAAUCCAAAGUUUAAAAGACUGAGCUUGCCAAAUACCAGUGUUUCUACUGCGAUGCAUUACAAAACUGUAUGAAUAUACUGCACUUUUUCUGAGGUGAUGUUUCCUGAAAUUCUGCAGCAAAAUGAGGGAUUUGGUCACAAAACUGGAUACUAAUUUUCCUUUAAUAUCAUACAGGAUUGUUACUGUUUAAGGGUUUAUUUCACCCUCGAAAUAUUAUGAAAGUGUUAUCCCUGCGAACACUAGCUUCUAAUUCUCCAGCAGCUAUUCAGAGUGCAUGUUUUCAUCGCUCAUUUACAAAUCAUCCAGAGAGCAGUAACCAUAAGCUAACACACGACUUUCAUUUACCAUCCUAAUCUGCAUUGUCUAUACCCUUUCAUUGUCCUGGUUUGUGUUCAGUGUUUCCUCUUUUUUGCCAGUUUAAUUUAUUAUUUUUUAUUCAUUUGCAUUCCAGAUACGAUUCUCAGGAAGGAAAAAAAAGAUGUUUAAUAACUUGAUCAUUUGUAUCUUUGGUUUCUGGCGGCUAUGAAAAUAAUCUUGGUAUUUUAAGGUUGUCUAGAAUGGGUUUAUAUAAACAGCUGAAAACUUGUUAACAACAGCUAAUGCAGUUCAUAAUUUUACAGUCUUCAAAAUAAAUGUCCUCUAACUAUUGCA